AUGCUCAUCCACUGUGCAGGUGCAGUGAGGGUGACCCUGAGAGACACCAGUCUGGAGGUGAAUCACGGAGACUCGGUGACCCUGAGAGACACCAGUCUGGAGGUGGUUCACGGAGACUCGGUGACCCUGAGAGACACCAGUCUGGAGGUGAUUCACGGAGACUCGGUGACCCUGAGAGACACCAGUCUGGAGGUGAUUCACGGAGACUCGGUGACCCUGAGAGACACCAGUCUGGAGGUGGUUCACGGAGACUCGGUGACCCUGAGAGACACCAGUCUGGAGGUGAUUCACGGAGACUCGGUGACCCUGAGAGACACCAGUCUGGAGGUGGUUCACGGAGACUCGGUGACCCUGAGAGACACCAGUCUGGAGGUGAUUCACGGAGACUCGGUGACCCUGAGAGACACCAGUCUGGAGGUGAUUCACGGAGACUCGGUGACCCUGAGAGACACCAGUCUGGAGGUGGUUCACGGAGACUCGGUGACCCUGAGAGACACCAGUCUGGAGGUGAUUCACGGAGACUCGGUGACCCUGAGAGACACCAGUCUGGAGGUGGUUCACGGAGACUCGGUGACCCUGAGAGACACCAGUCUGGAGGUGGUUCACGGAGACUCGGUGACCCUGAGAGACACCAGUCUGGAGGUGAUUCACGGAGACUCGGUGACCCUGAGAGACACCAGUCUGGAGGUGAUUCACGGAGACUCGGUGACCCUGAGAGACACCAGUCUGGAGGUGGUUCACGGAGACUCGGUGACCCUGAGAGACACCAGUCUGGAGGUGGUUCACGGAGACUCGGUGACCCUGAGAGACACCAGUCUGGAGGUGAUUCACGGAGACUCGGUGACCCUGAGAGACACCAGUCUGGAGGUGAUUCACGGAGACUCGGUGACCCUGAGAGACACCAGUCUGGAGGUGGUUCACGGAGACUCGGUGACCCUGAGAGACACCAGUCUGGAGGUGAUUCACGGAGACUCAGUGACCCUGAGAGACACCAGUCUGGAGGUGGUUCACGGAGACUCGGUGACCCUGCCCUGCUCCUUCUUCACCAUGAGUCCCCUGUCCAGACUCAACAUCAUCUGGACCUUCGCACCCUUCUCUGACCCAGACUCCCCCACACAGGUGAUAGUGUUUGACCACGGCCAGGUGAUUGAGAACCCCUCCCUGAGAGGCAGGGUGGGUUUCCCAGGCAUCCCCUGGAGUGCUGACAUCAUCCUCAACAACACACGCAUAUCAGACGCUGGCACCUAUCGCUGCAUGGUGAGCAACCCACCAGAGACUGGAGACCCUGGUAUAGGGGAACUGGCCCUCAACAUCCUAGCACCCCCCUCGCUGCCCCUGUGCCUGUGGGAUGGGGUCACUGAUAUUGGGGGGAGUGUAGCCCUCUACUGCAUGGUGGCAGAGGGGGUCCCCACCCCCGAGAUGCGGUGGGAUAAAUUGGAACCAGAGGAAAUCUCACUACCCAUCAACAUGGACGGGGACCUAUGAGGCUCUGUCCAGAUAGUCAACAUCUCUUCCUGGAACUCUGGUCUGUACCGCUGCUCUGUCACCAACCUCCUGGGCACCUAGAACUGUUAAGUCAACCUGUCCAUAUACACUCCAGACAGUUCCCCCGGGAUUCUCCGGGGGGUGUUGUUGACCCUGUCCAUGGUCCUGGUGCUGCUGGCCCUGCUGGACCUGCUGCUGGGGCUCCACCGCUCUGGCCAGGAGAGGAAGUGGCGCGAGGGGAAAGAAGAGUGUUAUAACGAGAUAAGGUAUCUUAUCAAACGCUCCUUUGUUUGA